UACUCUUUCUCCACUCUCACUCACACAAAAACACACACACAACACAAAGGUUUGUAGCUAGCUAUAUAGUUCUGUAUAUAUUACAAUAAUUAAUCCUUUAAUUGUUUUUGUAAUGGGAGAAAAGUGGAAGAUAUCAAAGAAGGAAACAAGUAAUUCAAGCACAUCAACUUCCAAAACAUCAUUAUUCUCAAGGAGUUGUUCAACAAGAGGCUCUUCUUCAAACUCACCACUACUUUUGAAAAGCUUAUCACAAAAGAGUUCUUCAACAUCAAAUAACAGUAGCAAUAAUCUUCCUAGAAGCUAUUCACAGAAGAAUCCAUCAAUAGGUAAGAAAUGUACCAAUAUAGCCAAAGAACAAAAAGCAAGAUUUUAUAUUAUGAGGAAAUGUGUAUCAAUGUUAGUUUGUUGGCAUAAACAUGGAGAUAAGUAGUAGUACUAAUCUUGAAGGGAGGUGCAGAGAGCAGAACAAGUCUAUUGCUUAGAGUCACAGAUCCCCUUUUCAGUGUACCAAUUUUUUUAUUUGAACUUGGAGGGUACGUUUUUUUCAUCUUUGAAAUUGUAAUUAUGAAUUACUUAUAAGAUUUGCACAUUUGCAAAUAUUCAUUUCAUUUUUUUUAUUAA